GAAGCUAACGGAGUAGUACUACGGAGCAACCGCGAGAAAAAAAAGGCAGAGAGUUUUCCGCCAGAGAACCGAGCGAGAUGGGGUUCAUCGGCGAGCAGGUGGAGUCGAUCCGCUCGAUGCAGGUCCGCCAGGUGCUCACGCAGAUCAUCAGCCUGGGUAUGAUUGUUACGUCAGCAUUGAUCAUAUGGAAAGGGUUGAUGCUCGUGACUGGGAGUGAGUCCCCGGUAGUCGUGGUUCUUUCUGGUAGCAUGGAGCCUGGUUUUAAAAGGGGUGAUAUCCUGUUUUUGCACAUGAGCAAAGACCCCAUCCGCACUGGCGAAAUAGUUGUUUUUAAUAUUGAUGGCCGUGAAAUUCCAAUUGUUCACCGUGUUAUUAAGGUUCAUGAACGCCAGGAAAGUGCAGAAGUCGAUAUCCUCACAAAAGGUGACAAAAACUUUGAGGACGACCGAUUGCUAUAUGCACAGGGUCAGCAAUGGCUUCAGCAGCAUCACAUUAUGGGGCGGGCCGCAGGAUAUCUUCCAUAUGUUGGGUGGGUUACUAUUGUGAUGACUGAGCAGCCGAUCAUUAAGUACAUCUUGAUCGGUGUGCUGGGCCUGCUGGUCAUAACAUCGAAAGAGUGAAGAAAUGUCAUUCUGGCAGUGAUCUACAUAUGACGUUUGCAUCUACAGAAGUCUCCACUGAUUCAAUGUGCACCUGCUGCCUGAAGAAAAUAUUGGCAAGUAACAGGCUAAUGCUGAUUUUACCAUGAGCUGGUACUAUCUGUACUUUUCAUACUUCACACGAAUGGUGCUUGGGUACCUGCAAUACCAUGUCUCUGAACAUUGUUCUCUCAGAUAAUUGAAUAGAUUCCCCUCUCUCUCAAAAAAAAAAACAUAACUGAAUAGAUAUUUUCUGUGCACUGUUUGUCACCGGGCUUGUGGAGCUUGGUGCUUCUCAAUACAGCAGCUGUACUCAUACAAUGGACGGAACAAGUUAGAGAUGUCUGAUGGUUCAAUCAGCUUAUAGUUUCUCAA